GUUCCGUCCGGACUGUAGACGCUGUAACACCGGGUCUUCCUACAUCGUUUCGUCCAAAAUGGCGGUGGACCACUUCCGGAAACGAUAAUCUGUAAAAAUCAGCUGUUUCUUUUCUUCAUGUGUGGACGAUUCUAGCAGGUUCUAUGGAGGUUCUGGAGGAGCAGCUUAAGGUUCUGUCGGUGUCCCGGCGAUCCCGUCCAGAGGAACCCACCUACCUGCUGGACGUGGCGCUGCAGCCCGGCGGUCCGUUGGCCGUCUCCUGCUCCAACUUCAGCAUCCGGCUCCACGACAGGGAGAGUCUCCGUCCUCUGGGGGAGUUUCUGGGUCACUCUGGUCCGAUCUGUGGCGUCACGUUCACCCGCCGCUCCUCAGACCUGCUGUUCUCCGGUUCGGCUGAUGGCUCGGUGCGUCUCUGGGACGUCCGACACCGCGGAUCCGACGCCGUCCAGACGUUCGGCAGCGACUCGACUCACAGCUUCUGCAGCUUCGACCUGAACUGCAGCGACGCUCUGCUCUGCGCCGGGACGGAGCAGGUGGACGGUGAGGACAGCUUCCUGGUGUUCUGGGACCGCAGGAAACCCGGCACCGACCCACUGGGCGUCUACUCUGAGUCGCACAGUGAUGACAUCACUCAGGUGCGUUUCCACCCCCAGGACAAAGACCGGCUAGCGUCCGGCUCCACCGACGGCCUGGUCAAUGUGUUCGAUCUGAGCCGUGGCGCUGAGGACGAGGCGCUGCUUGCCACCCUGAACAGCGACUCGUCGGCCGGCGCCGUGUGCUGGUGUGGCCCCGCCUCCAGCCGCCUGCUGUGUCUGAGCCAUGACGAGGGGCUGCACCUCUGGGACCUGAGCCGGCUGGACGGCGACCAGCCGCUCAGCCUCUUCAGCACCGCCGAUGCCCGGAGCCUGGAGCUGCUGCCGGGCGGCGGCGGCGUGGACUACCUGGUGGGGGGCAGCUACCUGGAGGGGGCGGAGCUUCUGCUGGUGGUGGGCGGGACCAGGAGCGGCGAGCUGCACCUGAUGAGCUGCGACGGCGACGGGCUGCGACUGCUCAGGAGCCUGGAGGGAGGACACAAAUCCACGGUGCGCUGCUUCCUGUGGGACGCCCAGGGGGAGGCGCUGGUCACCGGAGGGGAGGACGCCCAGCUGUUGCUAUGGAAACCGGGAGGGGAGGAGCUGACAACGGGGAAGAAGGAAACGAUGAAGAGCCAAUCAGCUUUAAGACUGAAAUCCAGACCUCAUAAGAAACACGAAUAUCAGAGAAAGAAGAAGAUACAGAAAGAAGAAGAUUCUGGUUCAUUUAGGUCACAUGAAAGAGUUUAAAGGAGAUCUAUCUGUUUUUAUGGCUCCACUAGUCAGAAAAUACUGUGAAAAGCCAGAAAAAAAUAGUAUUUUUACGGCUUUUAUCAGUACAAUGUUCCAUAAAUCAGACUGUGAUAAAUAAUAAAUUAACAAAAGUGAUUUCUGCCUCUACAGAAAUGUUUUCUAUUUAAAAUCUGCUGAAACUAACAAACUGAAGCAAAAUAAAGUCAUAAAUGUGAAUUUUCAAUCUUUUCUUCUGAAAUAAUAAAGACAGACACAAAACAACUAAUAAUAAAUGUAAAGGAACUCUAAAGAGAAGCUCUAAAAGUACGUAAAACUACUGCAAAAAUGCACAAAACACUCAGAGAAACAUGGAUUUAUUUCAAUGAUAUAAUUUAUUAUUGAUGUAAAUGGAAACAAUGCAAACAUUUAAAGAAGUUAUUUGAAAUAAACAGAAUAGAUUGUAGAGAGAUUUACUGCAUUAUGUUCAGUACUUCUUGAAGUUAGAUGUUUCCUUUACAUAAAUGAUGAUAAACCUUUACACCUGAGGGACUCAAAACUGACCCAAAUGACAAAAAUCUGUCCAAAAUGACUUGAAAAGUGUCAUUUUUAACACAUUUUGAGUUAUUUUGAACAACUUUCCAGACUAUUUUAACAAUAGUAUUUGGCAUUAGAAAAGUUUUAAAUUAGUUUUUGGAACAUUUUGAGUAAUUUUUUAAAAUUUUAUGUGACUUUGGACAAGUUUCAAAUCAUUUUGGACAACUUUAGACCGAAAGUACAAUAAAACCUACUGGAUCAAUAAAUACAUGCAGCGUGGCUCAGAAACAAUGAACAGAGGAGCAAGUUGUUGGAAGAUACAUUCAGCAUGGAGAAACAUCUUUCUAUCGAUGAUGUAGAGACCUAUAAGUAGACUAAAAAUUGUCCAAAAUGACUCAAAUUAUCCAUUAAGACUCAAAGAUUGUAAUUUUGAACACUUUUGGGGUCAUUUCAAAAAGAUUUUCACUCAGUUUGGACUUUGUUUUGGUUACUUUGGACCAAUUUUGAGUGGAUUUGGACAAUUUAUGUUACUUUGGGAUAAUAAUGUGCAACAUCCAUUUAUUUUCCAGUGUCGGUAGCACUUGAGGGUCAUUUUUGUUGAAUAGUAAAUCAAAGAAAGUCAACUUUUUUGUUGUUUUUUUAUCCUUUCUGUCUUUUUAAGUAUAUCAUUCUGAUAAUAAAAUAUUUAUUUCUGA